GGAGGACACUGGCAACACUGACGUCGUUGGUCUGGGUCUGGUCGUCCCGUCGGCCGUCUCACGUCUGUGCUCUGCUCUGGGCCUCAUCUGUCAAGUUGGUUUCGUUUUCACGUUCUUGUCCGUGGUUUUUCAAUCCUCUGUAAAACUGCUAUGGAAAGUAGAAGUAGUUUUUGCGAAGCGUAGAAGCCAGCGAAUUUUAUUUUCUGAAGAAUCCGGUCGUGAAACAGCCUGAGGAUGACGAUAUUGUCAAAAAAGAAGAAUGUCCAGGGUAAACAGGACGUAGAGUCGAUGGAAGGGCAGCAGCACAUACAAAAUCCCCACAAUCUACCAAUACAGAUAUCAAACAACCAGCUUUCAGAUGAUCGCAUUCCUCAACAAUGUUGGCCUGGGGGUCCACGUGAGGAACGUCAUUCCCCACAUCAUAGUUUUGAUGAGUACGAGAACUUAGAGUCUGGCCCAAGUCAUGGGAAGCGCCGUCAUAGAGCAAGUCCAUUGAGGGUUGCUAGGGCAAAGCAUCGUGACAGGGUGGGUGGUUCAGGAUCACCAAGUCAUUGUGGUGGACCUUCCUCUUCGAAUCUUGAAGUUGCCGGACCAUCUUCAUCAGACGCUUGUGGAUACAAUAGUGGAGAUGAAUACGAUUACUCACACAAAGCUCAACGGACCGAAGCUCAAUGGAUUGAAGAAGAUAGAAUGUUUGAGAAGAAGAUGCGAAAAAGAGGACUCAUGGUGAAAAAAAUGGGCGAAGACGGAGCCUGCCUUUUCAGAGCCGUUGCUGAUCAAGUAUACGGAGAUCAGGAAAUGCAUGGUGUGGUCCGAAAACAUUGUAUGGAUUAUAUUGCUUUAAACAGUGAUUAUUUCUCACAGUAUGUAACAGAAGAUUUCAACACCUAUGUCAAUCGAAAGCGAUUAGAUUGUACGCAUGGAAAUCACAUUGAAAUGCAGGCAAUAUCAGAAAUGUACAAUCGUACUAUUGAAGUCUUCUGUUAUGGGAAAGAUCCAAUCAAUAUCUUUCAUGGGGUACAUAAGUCAGAAAAUGAACCUAUACGGCUUUCUUAUCAAAGAGGAAGUCACUACAAUAGCAUUGUUGAUCCUCACAAAGCAACUAUAGGGGUGGGUCUUGGAUUGCCUAGUUUUACUCCCGGUGCAGCAGAAACAAAUCUUUUGAAGGAUGCAAUCAGGCAAAGUGAAGAAUUCCACAUAGAACAAGCGAUGUUGGAAGACAAGUUGAGAGCAACUGAUUGGGAAGCAACAAAUGAGGCAAUUGAAGAGCAGGUUGCUAGAGAUAGUUACUUGCAAUAUCUAAGAGACAAUGAAAAGAGAGAAAAAUCUAUGGAAAUGGGCACCUCUAGUACAGCUGUAGAUAGGAAUAGUCCAAAGCCUCAGUCAUCCAAUCCAGAAGAGCCUAAUCCAAGAACUGGCGAGGAAAAAAAAUUUUUCAGCGUAUUGCCACCAGAAACUUUUGGGCUUAGUGAAUGGGACGAUGCCGGAAUUCUAGCCCAAGUACUUGCUGAAUCGCAACAGGAAUACUUAGACAAUCUAAAAAAAGCGAGGACAUCUUCUUCACCAUCAGCAGUGGAACAAAACUCACUUGAACAGCCCUCAACAUCUAGAUAACUAGAUAUUCGUAAUUAAUUACAUCGGAAAAAGAGUAAAUAUUUUGAUGUAAUUGUACUUUUGUGUAAAAGUGUUGCAAUAUUAUGUGAUCUUUAACUAUAGCUUUAUUUCUUUAUUUAAUUUUUGAGAUAUAAAAUUAUGUUUCUUAGAUUUAGAAUAAAACCAAUUCACUGUUCACUCGUUAUAUUGAUUGAUUUAGAACAGAAGUCAUUUUAUAAUUGAUAAUAAACUAAAAAUAUCAAUUUUAAUAUGACAUAGUAGAUGAUGGGGUUUGGUCUGUGAGUUGGCGAACUCAUGUUGAACCGGCACACGGGCACUACUGGGUCUGUCUUCACUCUUUAAUAUGACAUGUUGAAAUGUGAAUAGUAUCAAAAAUAAAUCGGAGGAAAAAGUGACAUUUAAACAUGUCAGUUUAAAAUAAACUGAUUGUUUCAGAUCCUUAUUGAUACAGGUUCCUGAAAAAAAAGAAGUAUUUGAAGGGCAAGUCAUUAUGAAAUAAAACAAUAAAUACUAUUGACAGUUUAAAAUUACCUCUUUUUUUGAGCAUUUUAGUUUUCUUUAAAAGAAAUCUGCUUAAUUUGACUUCCAUUAAUACAUCAGAAUGAAAUAAAAAUUGUAUUAUCUGAAAAGUUUUAAUGGUACUGAUUACAGUUGUUUGGAGUUCAAAUCAAAACAACAAAAAUGAACGAAGUCCAAUCUUUUUUGUAAUAAAAAUUAUUGCAAGUAUAACUUUAAACGCAUACACCUCUAUCUUCCCCUUAACUAGAAUCUUACUGUACAACUUCUCUAACAAAAUAACAUGGAUUAUAUGAUGAAAAUAUACUGUGUAGGUUUGUAUGGACUUUUUUCCGGGUUGAAUUAAAAUGUUAAGAGUAAAAGGAAAAAAUGUUAGACAAAUUUUUGAUUGCUUUUAACUUUUAGAAUAUUUUGCACAUAUAGUUGGCAUGAGGCUUGACAACUGUUCUGGUUUCUAAAUCAAAAUUAAAUCGCCUUUCUCAUUUUGAUACGACUGUGAAUAGUCUUAGUUUUUUAUUCAACAGAGAAAAGAGGUGAAAAUUUCAACUGCUACAUGUCAUGCUCUUAGAAAAACGUUUCUUUAAAAAACAUGAAGUAAAAUUGUUGAGUUGCAGUUGCUCUUCGUGUAU